AUGAAUUUAGCAGAGAUUUGUGAUAAUGCCAAAAAAGGGAGAGAAUAUGCACUCCUUGGGAAUUAUGACUCGUCUAUGGUAUAUUACCAGGGUGUCAUCCAGCAAAUCCAGAGGCAUUGCCAGUCGAUCAGAGAUCCAGCAAUUAAGGGCAAAUGGCAACAGGUCCGACAAGAAUUAGUUGAAGAAUACGAACAAGUUAAGAGCAUUGUCAACACUUUAGAGAGUUUUAAAACAGACAGACCUGCAGAUAUCCCUGUAUCCUGUCAAGAUGAGCCUUUUAGAGAUCCCCCUGUUUGGCCCCCUCCUGUUCCAGCUGAACACAGGGCUCCACCUCAGAUAAAACGUCCCAACCGAGAAGUAAAACCUCUGAGGAAAGAAUCACCAGGACUGCAGCCCCGUGGGCCUGCGGGCAGAGCACAUGCGGUAUCCAAGGGCGAGAAGUCUGCAGGCAGCCGCGAAAGGGAAUCUAGAGCUCGAGGAAGAGAUGACAAGGUAAGAAGUGGGAAAGAACCUGGUGGGGAGGAUGGUGAACUUCCAAAAUUUGAUGGAGUGGGUUAUGACAAAGACUUGGUUGAAGCUCUUGAAAGAGACAUUGUAUCAAGGAAUCCAAGCAUUCAUUGGGAUGACAUAGCAGAUUUGGAAGAAGCCAAGAAAUUAUUAAGAGAAGCUGUUGUUCUUCCAAUGUGGAUGCCUGAUUAUUUCACAGGGAUCAGAAGACCUUGGAAGGGUGUCCUCAUGGUUGGUCCUCCUGGCACUGGCAAAACGAUGCUAGCGAAAGCUGUUGCUACAGAAUGUGGAACAACAUUCUUCAAUGUGUCUUCCUCUACCCUGACGUCUAAAUACAGGGGCGAGUCUGAGAAGCUGGUCCGCCUCUUGUUUGAAAUGGCGAGGUUUUACGCUCCCACAACAAUCUUCAUUGAUGAAAUAGAUUCCAUGUGCAGCCGCAGAGGCACAUCCGACGAACAUGAGGCGAGUCGCAGAGUCAAGUCAGAGCUGCUUGUGCAAAUGGACGGGGUAGGUGGUGCUCUGGAAAAUGAUGACCCUUCCAAGAUGGUUAUGGUAUUAGCUGCUACAAAUUUUCCCUGGGAUAUCGAUGAAGCUCUCCGACGGAGACUGGAGAAGAGGAUUUAUAUACCUUUGCCCACAGCAAAAGGCAGAGCAGAACUACUUAAGAUUAAUCUUCGGGAAGUAGAACUGGAUCCUGAUAUCAGCCUUGAAGAAAUUGCUGAGAAGAUUGACGGCUAUUCUGGGGCUGACAUCACUAAUGUUUGCAGGGAUGCCUCUUUAAUGGCAAUGAGACGACGUAUUAACGGCUUAACUCCAGAAGAGAUUCGUGCACUUUCUAAAGAGGAGCUUCAGAUGCCGGUUACCAAGGGGGACUUUGAGCUGGCUCUGAAGAAAAUCUCCAAAUCUGUUUCUGCUGCAGACCUGGAAAAGUAUGAAAAAUGGAUGGCGGAGUUUGGAUCUGCUUAAUCUCAGUGACAGCUCUCCUUUGCUAGAGUUUUAUGGGUUUUGUUGUUUUCACUUGCAAAAUGAGUUAGAAGUCUUUUUAAAGGUUUAAUAAAAGGUCUGCCUCUGCCCCCAUCCCGCCCCCUUCUGGUGACAAGAUCUUUUAAACUCCGUUUAUCUUUAAAGGGAAUGAACACAAUAAUGAGCUGAUAUUGUAAAA